GUCAGUAAGUUGCGCCUGACGUAGGACGCAGACGUUUCGGAGAAGGAAGUGAAAGGGGAACAGAAGCUGGAGGUAGCAGAUAUUUAGCUCGCUGGCAGGCACCCUUUCAAUUUAAGUGCCAAAUUUACAUACUAGUUUGAGGAAACCUACUUUGCCAAUUCACGGCGCCUUUUUUAAUAUUCGCGUAGGAGGACGAUACAUUUUUCAACCAUUUUGAAACGAGAUAUUGCCAAACAAACGAAGUCAGUGCCAGCGAGCUAGUGAGCUAACGUAACGCCUAGUUAGCCGGGCUAGCCUGUAACGCUCCCUGAACAAUAACAGCUGCUCUGCUGGCUGCCAGGUCGAGUCCCUGUCCCUGAGAAAUAUCUGCUUCCGUGAGUCACAAGUUGAAGGUAAGUUCUGAGACGACAACGGUAUGUACAUUUCUAUGAUAUUUGUCUGUUCGUCAAUUUCUGCUGAGUCCUGUCAACAAACCGCUCCAACGGCUGAUGGUGGGGCGAUAUUUACGAGGAGCUACUUUGGCAGAAACAGGGUCGGCCUGUGGUCCCCUCUGGGUCCACUCCAACAAGACAGGACAACCGGGGAGACUCAACGAUGGAUGUCCUUUUUUGUUAAAUAGUCAUAGGGGAAGUAAUAAUUGAUACUUAUAUUGGUUUUACACACAGAAAGGGCAGGGGUGCACGAUAUAUUCACUUUAUCGUUAUAAAAUCCUCCUUUCAGAACAUUUGUAACAUCAUAUACCGAGCUGAUCCAUUAACAAAAACAACUAUUGCACAUUUGCAGUAGUGUGUGAAGAGGCAGACGGAGGUGGUCAUGUGUUUGUUCAGAAUGAUCAAGUUUUUGUUUCGGUUGUGACUCAUGGGUCACGCAGGUACAUGUCGUUCAGUCUUCCUAUUGGACCAGAGGCGCUCAGACAACAAUCUGUUUUGCUCACAACGCCCAUUACAUAAUUCACAGAGACCUGCUAAGAUCAAGCCCAACGAGAAAUCAGCUCUCCAAAAACCAAAGUUGAGGUGUUUCCUUAAAGUCAUCCGUUUGCUGACAGUGUCUUUAUCUUUAACUUUUCCUCAGUCAGAUCUCUAAUGAACUUUCUUCUGUCUGAGAGGAAUCUUUGUUUGAUUAUUUUGUAUUUACUGCUCCUUAAGUUUCUUUAUUUUCAAGCCUGAUGCAAAUACCUGUGUUGUACCUUUGACCAGCUCUAGAUGAGAUUUACUCAUAUCCCACAAGUUUGUAUAAAGUGGCUGAUUUUUUGCAACAGUUUUUAGCGUAAUUUCAGUUCAUAUGGGCUUAACAGGCUGAAAUUUGUUAUUUUUCAGUGUAGCUCGCACCACAGUGUUUUCACCGGAGUACUGGUUUUUGAGGCUGUAUGCUGUCGGUGAGCUCUGCAGGAAAAUACCUUAUUCUGUAAAAAUGUCUGUUAUCCAUUUAUCAUGAAACUUCAUUUAAAAGUCUCUUAAUUAAAAAAAUAGUUUAGUUUUUUUUUGAUAAUCCCACAGUACCUUACUAAAUCACAUACUAAUUCCAUAUUUUAUGUUAGGACUGGGCGAUUUGGCCAAAAAGAUGAUCACGGUAUACUUUGCCAUGUCGUCCGAUCUCUAUUAUUAUCACAAUAUUUUUUUUUCAAGUGCCAGUUCAAAAGCAUCUGUACUUAAAACUGAAAAAUAAGUAGAUAAAUACUCAAUAAGACGUUAAAUAACUUUUCUUCUCAACAAUAACAUCUUUGGAGGAUGACUCAAAGUCAUGGCUGACAUCUAUUUUGCUGCCCUCAGCUCCGUGUUCGGUUACUCUGUUUACUUGUCCGGCAACUUACAGAAGUGAGCAGGAAAAGCUGGACUCUGAUUGGCUGUUGUCACGCACAUUUUCACCAUGUUUGAUCGAGUAAAUAAGCUCACAGCUGAUCACCGCGAUCGAACUGAAAUUUAUCACGAUCAUUAAUCCCGAUCAUAUAAUCGCCCAGUCCUAUUUUAUGUUAAACGCUUUCCGUCAGUUACCUGAGAGGACCAUACUUAUCACACUUUGUUUAUCACAUGAUUACAUGCACAGUAUGUUGCCAACCAGGAAACAAAAUGUACAAACCCCAUGGUUGGUAUGUGUGUGUGUGCAGAGAGAUGAAUUUCAGCAUUGAGAAACAUCAAACAGCCUUUAAACUCUAUAUUUAGUCCAGAGUUUGUCAGUGACUGUGGAUUGUGUACACUGCUUCAGAGCUAUGGGGAUCUGUGAGUUAAUUCUUGUGUGAUUCAGAGACAUAAAUUUUAGUGACAAAUGUUGAUCACACCCUGUGUCAGAGUUAACUGCUAGUCACUCCUUUUGAUGUCUGGUUGCUCCUGUCAAAAGUAUUAUCAAUGUUUUCAUUAAUUGGUGUCAUAUUUCAAGUUAAUCAAACUACUAAAGGUUGCUAUAAAGUUGCAUGAAAGUAAUUCCAUGACAAGGUUAAUGUUAAUGAGUUUCAUGAAAGAAGUGAUUUAUGGUUUGUCAGUAACUAUUGAAGCAAAAAUGAUAACUUUAUUACAGUAUUAGUGUCACAGAUUAAAACCGAGCACUUUUGUUCAUAGAAGUAAAAUUAGGUUGUACCUCUACCUGAAAAAAAAUGCCUCAUUUUACUUAUUAUGAGACCAAAAACGCUUAAAUACUAGUAUUAUAUGCAACUCUUGAAAAUUUUUAAGCACAUCAUUUCAUACUGUCGAUCCCUGAAGGACAUGGUAGCAGCACACUAAAUGCUUCUUCUUUUGCUUUACAUUUUUCCUGUAUUAUCCUUUAGAUGUCUUUCUUUUGCUUUGGGGUUCAUUUGGUUUUACGUAAAAUUAAACUGAACCUCUUAUUUUGAGACCUUAGUCUUCAAUGGUUUAAUAUCUAACACUCAGCUGUUUGUCAACGGUAACAGAUCUGAGAUGCUUUUUUUCCUCUCUCCUGUAAUCAUGUGACUAUGGUCUGAGCAUGCCCAGACUUUGAUGAUGCCCUGUACUUUAUGCUGCUGUCAGCUAAUCUGGGCUUCACAGGCUGCUAGUCAGUCAAGCACUGUUCUUGUUCUGUUUAGAAAGAAGAUAAGUGUAUUCUCCCCGAUGGGACCUAAAGUGUUUUUAAGCACACUUUUUGGUUUUGGACCGGGCUUUACUUUUUCCCUCUUUAAAGAAUGUAAGCUGUGUUUUUAUUCUGUUUUUAUGGAGCUGAGACUGGUUUGGAGAGUGAAUUGGUCUGCGUCAAAUGUUUUUUUUUUUUUUUUUUAACUCGGUUUGUUCUAGAUAUUGAUUUACUGAAGAAGCUGAUAGUGGUAUUGAUCAAACUCACAAGUUCAUCAUUGUUAGUUUUUUAAACACAUUGUUUUAUCAAUUCUCUGAGUUUUAAAAGAAAUGUAAAUUCUUGGUAUCAAGAGGACACUCAUAGACAACAUAUCCCUAUCAGACAUCUGGUUCAGCUGCUAGGGUUACUGAGUGUGUGCAAAACUGCAUUACACUACAGUAGAGUUUCCCUUCCAGUCAAAAGCUUUAUGCUGGACUGUUUAUUGUGGCACUGAUAAGAUAAACGUUUGAAAAAAGGAUAAGAAAUCACAUUCUUUAGUCUCUUGGGCCUAUUUACACAUGAUAAAAGUUUGCAGAUAACCAAAAUAUGCCCGGAUCAAACCUUUUAAUCAUUUUUUUAUUUUUUAUUUGUGCCAUGGUUCAUUUUUUUAACGUGACUUUCCACACGAACAAUCUUCAUAAUGUGUUAAAGUGAUCUUUUAUGGAGGGACUUUGUGUUGAUUGACCUUAAGUUGUUCACUGCAGUUAUAUCUAACACAGAGACAAUAUUGUGUUUAACACCAGGUAGUGUUUAACACAAUAACAGCAUACCUGGAACUGAUCUUUCUGGCAUUUCUAAAUUGUGUUGAAAACUUUGUGACUUUUGUGGAAAGAUGCGUACAUGAAGCUUCGACUGAAAAGUUUUCCAAAUAAACAAUCAUUCAUCAAUGUAUUUGCUAUCUAAGAAAUAACUCAUUUAAUUUAAUGAGACGUGCAGUGGAAAUUGUGUACUUGACUGUGUGGAAAUUGUACAUGUUGCCUAACAAUCAAGUACAGUUGAUUCAGAUUCAGACAAGUUGAUGCAUCGAGUCAAGUCAUCUACUAUCUCUUACUGACAACCGAAUCUGGGCCUUUGUCCUCAAAGUUCAAACAUGAUGAGAUCUUGCAACACUAAAGCACGAUGAUAUGUCUCAUCAAGGUGGUCAGCUGUCUCACAAGAUCAAUGCACUGUUUUCCGGUGACAGUACACAGUGACUUUGUCUGUUUUUUUUUUAAGCAUUCACUGCACUACACAAAUUUGGUGGCUAAGCUGUAUAAAAACAGUCCUGCAGAGUGGAGAAGAUGCUGCCAAAACUACCAAAGAAUAAGAAAAGUAAAAACAGACAAGAGAUGUCUUGCACACACUGUAGACUAGGAUGACAGUUGUGUCCAGUAUUGUUGAUCUGGGAGCGCUGCGGUGGAGUAGUUCUUGUUUAUUGUAAGUGUUUGCUGACAGAGAUCCUAGACUGCAGUUUAUUCUGUAAACAACUCUAGACUCCAUGAUCAGACACCACUGUUUUCAUUCCCUAUCUGGACUCACGACAAUAUUCAGUAGGGCCUGACCGAUAUGGAUGUUUUGGGGCCAAUGCCGAUACCGAUAAUUAGGGGGGGAUCCGAUUACCGAUAAAUCGGCUGGUUUUUAAUUUUUGAUGACGUUAUAAAAAAAUAUUUAUAAACUGUGGAUGUACUGUAGGCUACUGCUCCUCACGCCAACAGAAAGACCCACUGAUCAAAGUGUUUCAACUUAUCCCCCCUGGCCGAUCGGUGCUUCCGCGUCUUAACUCGGGUUACACAUUUCCGGUCCGGUCUCAUCUGGAGACAUGCAGCUGCCUCAGUAAGAGAAGUAGCUCGAUCACGUCAUGUGUACUGUUGUUUAUUCUACCGUUACUGGCACAGCUAAAAGUGUAGCAAGGCUAAUAGCAGGUGGCUAACUCUAACUCUAGCUUGCAUAUUACAUGGUGCUUCACCGUUAACUCGGCGUGACCGAGACCAGCACAGCGGGGAACAUAGUGAAGUGGGUUGAACUGAAACUUGUUGACUUAUUGUCUAUCUCACAAACUGGUUUAUUUACCGUUGAGGUGGACCACUCUUCUCCGUGCGUCCCUGGGCUGCCUGCUUCAGAUCCGUCACUCUGUUGUGCUGUGAGGUAGUUAGUGGAUGAAGGUUGUCAUGAGGUUGCUGCGCCAUCUACAGGGUAAGUCUGGGAUAUUUUCAAAUGGCGGAACAUUUUCGAAGUCAAACCGAAUCUUAUUCUCCGCAUUUUAUUUCUGAAAAUAUCUGCAAAUUUUGGCCGAUUACCGAUUAGUCUCCAACAGGCUAAAAUUGGCCGACUUAAUCGGCUCGCCGAUAAAUCGGUCAGGCCCUAAUAUUCACAUUUACUUUGUCCGUCUGUGACAUUCUCCCUCUCUCUGGCAAUACCAGAGGGUAAUACUGUACAUAAAGUUAUAAAUCAAAUACAUUUUUGUGUCCUUAUUUCACGGUUAAUGUGUGUUCAUUAAUGAAAGCUCAUUAAUGACAUAAAUAGUUGCUGAGACAGAGGGCAAAAGUUCAUGAAGUCAGGCUUUAUUUAUCAACAACUGUACUCCAGACCUGGGAAUGGUAGAGCACAAAAAAACCUAAUGUGUUUCCAGCUGCAGUAGAUGGUGAAUUAGAGUUGUGUGUUAUCUGAUAGCUCAGAAUUGCAUAGAAAGUAAAGUCUUUCAAAAGCAUAAUCAAGCUAACGUGAAUGAAGACACAUUUAUCGUGCUUACAUUUAAUUUUUUUAUGGUAUGAGGUGAUUCCUUACUAGUCAAUGAAUGGUCAAAAUGUUUAUCAUGGACCUGCAGUCUUUUGCAUUUUGUGACUUUUGUUUGAAUGAUAAAUUUUCCAGUUGUAUUUUUCAUCUUUGUAACUUUGUAGUGUUAAAAUCUUGUCUUGCUCGCGUAAAGCCAACCUUGUGGGACUACUCGUGAGCUGUCUCAUCACACCCUUAUUUAAUCAUGUUUAAACUUCCUUCACUGUGUUUUUAUUUAUAAUUGUUACAUGUAUGAAAAGAAAAGUGCCAGAUGUGUCACUUUAUUUGUGGAGUGAGUCAGGCCUUUAGGAGGUAACUUCCUGUGGUGCGUUAGGGAGAAUGAAUGAUGUGUUCCUCGUGAUUUGCCCAACAGCUUAGAAAGCACAUGACUGGAAUGAGUGGUAUUCAAACCUGAUUGGUCGGAGGGCCAAGAAACCUUGCACACACAAACAUUUGGGCCAGUGCGUUCCAAGGGAUCUUUCUGCAUCGAAACGUUUAUUUCAUGUAGUGACUUUCUUAACCCUGAACCUAAGGAAGGUGGUGGUUAGGUUGUAGAGAUGAAGAGGUUAGGAAGGCGAGUGCCCUGAAGGAUCUCUUUACGCUUAAGUUGAUGCUCUUUGUUUCUCUGCAGCUGUGGAAAAAUGGCAUCCAGGAAGAAAGUGCUCUUGAAAGUCAUCAUCCUGGGAGAUUCUGGGUGAGUCACAACAUGGCAUAUUUCUCUUGAAUGUGUCAAAACCAGAGGUAUAGAAGGUUGAAAGAUCUUCAGUCAGGUAUCCUUCCAAAUAGGUCUGGUGGGAGACAAACAUCUGAUGAAUCAGCAAAGAUGACAUGUAUCAGUAGCUUUGCAAACAUCUGUCUCCAGGCAGAACUUUGCUCUUUAAUGAUAUCAUUCUUCUUGGUAUCUGCAGACCUAAUCACUGCUGUACGCUCAGCAAAUGAUUGCUUACCAAAAGUAGGUCCAUCGUUACUUUCACAAGAUUUUAAACUUUGAUUGCAUUUGCAAAGGGAGUCAACUGUGUAUUAACUAGUAGGAAAGUCUGCUACUUGUCUUGCUCAUAUUUUUAGGUUUCCUCUUUCUGUGUUGCUUAAUAGAGGAAUCAACAAUGAUGUUGAAAGAAAUCAGUUGAAACCAUCCACUGAACUUGAAGAACUUUUUCUGGAAAGCAGGUUUUUCAACCACAAGAGGGAAACAAUAAAUCACAGAAAAUAAUGAAACCAAACAAUAUUUUAGGUAGUAUCCAGACAUUUAUACAGCCAGAUACUGCACUAGAUACUAGAUAUGAGUCCUCCUUACACUGAUGGUUUUAUAUUCGGAUAAAAAUCCAGUGUUUAAUACCAGACUUAUAACUUACCUGAUAGAUAACUUAUGCACUCUGUUACUCCACACAUACAGAUUGGGUAACAUCAGUGUUGUGAUCUACUCUGCACUCAUCAUAGCACCUAUCAGCUUUUUGUUUUUUAUGUGGCCUGUUUUAAAAUAUCUCUCAUCUUUCUGUUUUUUGCUCUCAGUGUUGGAAAGACCUCCCUCAUGAACCAGUAUGUGAACAAGAAGUUUAGUAACCAGUAUAAAGCCACAAUAGGAGCAGACUUCCUGACCAAGGAGGUGAUGGUGGAUGACCGGCUUGUUACAAUGCAGGUACAGCACUGAUAGAGCUCCACAGGUUACACAUCCUGAGGAAGUGAACUAGGCUGUUUAAAUAUUUGAAGCAGGUUAUCUGUAUCUUUGUUAAUAUUUGUGGUCUUGGCAUUUCAAUAUUUCUCCUUGUGGCUGUGUAGAUCUGGGACACAGCCGGCCAGGAGAGGUUCCAGUCUCUGGGUGUUGCGUUCUACCGUGGAGCAGACUGCUGCGUGCUGGUGUUUGAUGUGACCGCACCCAACACCUUCAAAACACUUGACAGUUGGAGAGAUGAGUUCCUGAUCCAGGCCAGCCCUCGAGAUCCUGAGAACUUCCCCUUCGUGGUGCUAGGCAACAAGAUUGACUUGGAGAACAGACAGGUGCGUAACGUCAUUAUGAUGACAUCAUUUGAAACCUUGAUCCUACUGCUUUCAAGAAUUAAGUCUGUGAACUCACGAAGUAAACAUCCUGGCUGGUGACACCAGAAAUAGCUCCUGUUAUUUCUGGUAUUCGACUGUGAAUGUUGUGGAAGUACUUCUGAACAUUGCAAAAAUACUGUGACUGCUACUGUGCUCAUUGGCUGGUAGACAGAAUCAACAUUGCCAUCAUGACUGGCACAAGCGCCUGAGAGGAAAUGUCAUAGGCGUGAUUUUUCCAGGCUGUGCUGCUAGUUCAAAAGUCUAAGCACUUGUCACAGGCUCCUCUUUGCUGCAUGUUUUAGUUACCAUGGGUAACGCCAUGUAUCGGGUCCAUACGGUAGGGGGAAGGUAUUUUCUAUCUGUUCUUGGCCAACCACAGUCUUGUAGUGUGCACAGAGUAUAAAAGUUAGCAGCAGAGUUGAGGAAAACCCCGGAGGAACUUGCCUCUGCAUAGUGCUUUCUGUGCUCGUUACAUGGGCCAUUGAUAUUUGUAUCCCUGAAUAUUAAAAACAAUAGUGGCAUGUUGUUUGUGCUGAUCAGAUUAUUUAGCAAACAGGUCAGUUGUACUUGUGUAGCACAGGGCUGAUUUCAAGGUGCAUUUGAAUGACUUUUACCUCUUUUGUUUGAUGGAUUCUUUGGCUUUUUUUGUCAUGUCAGUGUUUAAUGUUUUAACUCAAGUUAAAGAUUGUGUUAAAUUUCUCUAAAUGUGUACUGAAAGAAGUUGAAAGUUAGAGGACUGUCUAGUAAAGGAGUGUAUCUGAGUCUCUAUUAGUGAGAACUGGAUUCAAUGUGAUAUUGUAAAUACUGUAUAUCUAUAGUGUUGUCUCAAAUUGGCACCUGCUGAGAUACACUGCAGAUAAAAAAAAAUAAUCUCAAGAUAGCUCUGAUUCAGUAAAUCAAAUCACUACAUCUUGGCUUAAAGGGAUAUUCUGGUGUAGAUUUAAGUUAUAGUCAAACACACCGUAACAUGGAGAUAGACACCCCCUCGAGAGAUGAAUGUUGCCGACUAUAACUCUUGAACUCUUAUACAUUAUUGUGCACUACAUCCAUACAUUUCUCUCUUCUCGUACUCACAGGUAACUACCAAAAGGGCUCAGACUUGGUGUCAUAGUAAGAGCAACAUCCCCUACUUUGAGACCAGUGCUAAAGAAGCCAUCAAUGUAGAACAGGCAUUCCAGACAAUUGCACGCAACGCCCUUAAACAGGUGAGUCGCAGAUGCUUGAAAUUCAAAACUUCAGGAGACAGGACUUGUUGCUUUCUCUUUCGUUCUGACUGUUUUCUCCCUGUCUCUGUGUGGCAGGAGACAGAGGUGGAGUUGUAUAACGAAUUCCCGGAGCCCAUAAAACUGGACAGGAACGACAGAGCGAAACCGUCAGCAGAAAGCUGCAGCUGCUGAGGGACAACUUGGACCAUCUUCUCUCUUUGGCUUUUUGAGACACCGGUUACAUCACCUGCACAGCGCUCCCAGGGAAAGGACUUCCCUAAUGGUCUUCCUUCUUCACUCUUCAUUCCAUCCACACCACCCUUCACACAGUACGCUGCACAUGGAUGUACACGCCCCCCCCCCCCCCCCCCCACACACACACACACACACACACACACACACACACACAAAAACACACUCGUGUACACUAAUAAAAUUUGAUCCCUGUGCUCAAAGAUCACACAAGAGAAGAACGACUCCCCCUCUGACCUGACAGUCCCUGACUCGACACCGAGUGAUUUUCUGGCCCCGCCUGACCCACUUUUCUGACUGUGGCCCUUGCGUCUCACACAGAGGGGCAAGAUGGAGCCAUGUUCAGAGAGUGCAAUGGGAAACUCUACACGGACUGGCUGAUGCUCUGAAAUGUGAGAUGAUGUUGGUUAACAUCAGCAUCCCCAGUAUCUAAUUCUCUCUCCCUGCUUUUUCUUUGCUUUCUUUUGCUUAUGUGUCAAGAAAUAAUCAAGUUGAACUAUAUAUAAAUAUAUAUAUAUAAAUAUAUUUUAAUUGGCUGAUGUUAUUUUUGAAGCCAAUCAGAAACACACUUUUGUUUUUUUGCACUUUCUUUCAAUGUUUUUGCCUUUAAGUGUUGUAGAGGGAUGACUGAUUUUGGACAACAUCUGCUACCAUACGCCUUUGCCUUUAAUUUGAACCCCCUCACUAGUUUUCCUUGUCAAAUAUCCCCUUGAGAAUCUGUUGAACACUUUGGUGAUUGUACUGCCUUUUCUCUCCGCGGUUGCGUUAAGGGGUUUAUUGUUGCCUCACACAGCAGAAGAAAUAUUCAUAAGUAGACAAGCCGAUAAAGCAGCCACAGUGUAAAACAUGGAUUAAUUCCUCAACAUAUUACUAUUUGCCUUUUAUGUAACAUUAAUUGUACUGCUACUAUUACUGCUGUAUGUGUUCUGUCUUUCAUAAGACAUCUUUCAAUGCUGUUGAAUUACAAUAUCUGUCACCAACACAGCAAACACCUGUCUUCUGUCAUGUCUUUGUUAUUGCUGUUCUCUAUCUGCUUGUAGCUCAGGUUGGCUAAGUACUUAAUAUUUUUAAAGGAUUGUGCAUUACGGUGUAUAGAUGGUAAAGUUUAAGCUGCAGGUGGAUUCAACUGAAAUGGAUGGUUUUCUCUCCAUUUAAAGAAAAGAUCCAACUUUUUGCCCUGGUAUUACUCUUUCUCCUUAAGAAAUGAAAUCACUGCAAUGCCAAUGAUGUUGUCAAAGAAAACUGGGACGUCAAAUAAUAAAACCCUUGAAUAUAUCAACGGUCUGGAAUUA